AUGGUCGCUACUGGUGAUAAACCAGACCCUGGCCCCUUCCCAGAAGAAUUACUCCGUCCGCAAGGGCCGCCGUACCGCACUGACUAUGAUUCUCCCCUCGCUUUCGAAAUCGCGAAAGCAGAAUAUUCCAUGCGCGAAGACUGUGAUCGAGUCGUCACUUGGGGCCAAGACACCCGCUUCAGGCCUCACACAUGGGGCUUCACUCUCUAUCGCGCCUGUUUCGGUCCCGGGACGGAUGAGCGUUUCCCCGACGCUGUUCGGCGCCUCGACGCAUGGGUUCGUCACCUCGUGCUGAGCGACCGGUACCGCGGGCUGGAUGCAGACACACGUGAAGAAUGCAGGUUGCUCGACUCAAGGCUCGACCCCCAGCGGCCUCUCCCGUCGCGAGAACUGGCAAAGAGGUUCCACCUGGAGGUCAUCGAGGAUUAUCCUGGCAAGGAACAUGUCGUAGCCGGCCACGCCACUGAAGACGGCGAGGAGGACUUCUCUCCAGUGGGAGAGUCCUUUACGAAAUGGGUGAGCGAGCAUGCCGUCACUCAAGACGACCUCUACGUGCGCAACGACCACUGCCUCAUUGUAGAUGAGAAAGCGCUGGAAGCUCUCGAACGACUCCCUCGGAGCACCCCAGAGCCAGGGCCAGAACCGGCAAACGCACCCCAGACAAAGCUUCUCUAUGGGCACAACUCGGGGGCCUGGGUCUGGAUGCUGGAUCGGGAGUAUUUCCACACGUUUACACAUUCUGGCCCGGAGCACAUUUGGAUAAGCGACACAUUCGGAGGUGGCCCACGUUACACUGACGGGCUCCCUGCUAGUCCGUGGAUUCGCAUCAUGCCAAGUUCUAUCCCAGAGGUGUGGUUCCAUCGCCCCAGAAAUUUUACUCCAUCAAAUUGGACCGCCGUGAUACAGAGAGAUAAACACAAGUUUGAUAAAAUUAGUUGGUGGAACCCCGUUCCAUCGGCCUUCAACGAAGUCUACAGUCGGAAACGUAGGGAGCAGCUAGCAUAG